CCCCACCAGUGCUUGGAAUGUGGGAAGAGUUUCGGCAGGAGCGACCACCUGCUCAUCCACCAGAGGACCCACACCGGGGAACGGCCCUAUGAGUGUAGGGAAUGUGGGAAGAGCUUCAGGAUCAGCUCCCACCUGAUUGUCCACCAGAGGAUCCACACCAAUGAACGGCCCCACAAGUGUGGGGAAUGUGGGAAGAGCUUCAGGAUCAACUCCAACCUGAUCGCCCACCAGAGGAUCCACGCCAAUGAACGGCCCUAUAAAUGUGGAGAAUGUGGGAAGGGCUUCAGGAGGAGCUCCAGCUUGAAACUCCACCAGAUGAUCCACACUGGGAUACGACCCUUUGUGUGUGGGGAGUGUGGGAAGGGCUUCCGUGACAGCUCCCGCCUGAUCAUCCACCAGACAAUGCACACUGGGGAGUGCCCCUACACGUGCUCAGAGUGUGGGAAGAGCUUCAUUGAGAACUCCAGCCUGAUUCUGCACCAGAGGAUCCACACUGGGGAGAGGCCCUACAAGUGCAGGGAAUGUGGGAAAAGCUUUAGGCAGAGCUGCCAUCUGAAUGCCCACCAGAGGAUCCACACUGGGGAGAGGCCCUAUAAGUGCAGGGAAUGUGGGAAAAGCUUCAUCGACCCCUCCGGCCUGAGUGUCCACCAGAGGAUCCACACUGGGGAGAGGCCUUACAGGUGUGGGGAAUGUGGGAAAAGCUUCAGUCAGAGCACUAGGCUGAUUCUGCACCAGACAAUCCACACCAGGGAGAGGCCUUACAGGUGUGGGGAAUGUGGGAAAAGCUUCAGUCAGAACUCUAGGCUGAUUGCCCACCAGAGAAUCCACACUGGGGAGAGAUCCGAUGAGUGUUCUGAGUGUGGGGAGAGCUUCAGGAUCAGCUCCCACCUGAUUGUCCACCAGAGGAUCCACACCAAUGAACGGCCCUAUAAAUGUGGAGAAUGUGGGAAGGGCUUCAGGAGGAGCUCCAGCUUGAAACUCCACCAGAUGAUCCACACUGGGAUACGACCCUUUGUGUGUGGGGAGUGUGGGAAGGGCUUCCGUGACAGCUGCCGCCUGAUCAUCCACCAGACAAUGCACACUGGGGAGUGCCCCUACACGUGCUCAGAGUGUGGGAAGAGCUUCAUUGAGAACUCCAGCCUGAUUCUGCACCAGAGGAUCCACACUGGGGAGAGGCCCUACAAGUGCAGGGAAUGUGGGAAAAGCUUUAGGCAGAGCUGCCAUCUGAAUGCCCACCAGAGGAUCCACACUGGGGAGAGGCCCUAUAAGUGCAGGGAAUGUGGGAAAAGCUUCAUCGACCCCUCCGGCCUGAGUGUCCACCAGAGGAUCCACACUGGGGAGAGGCCUUACAGGUGUGGGGAAUGUGGGAAAUGCUUCAGGCAGAACUCUAGGCUGAUUGCCCACCAGAGAAUCCACACU